AUGGAGCCCAAGGAACAUAUCACUUUAGACGAUGAACAUUCCUAUAGCUUCAACGAAGUUCUUGGUUUAUGUCUCGCAAAAAAGGAACAUGGUACAUUCGAAUGCAUAAAUCGUGGCAUUUUAAGUUCCUUGCAGUCAUUAAACGAUAGGGAUAGUUUGGAGUUUGGAAAGAUGCGACUUGACAGAGCGGAGGGCUACGGUAGAGAUCUUUUGGAUCUGGAUUACGAUCCAAAAGAUUUCGGAAAUGUUGUAAAGGCAGCUGCCAGACUGAUGGAACGUCGCAAUGUCAAGUGGAAUUUGGAUAAUAUAUAUCCGGGAUUACAGAUGCGUAUUGGACCAAUGCUAAACGGAAACGGAAUACUGGAAUUUGUUAUUAAUGAAAGAGUUCCUUCAUAUGGCGAUAGGCAGACUAGUACAGGAAGGCAGUUGACCAGACACAUAUUACUGCCAUUUCUAUUGGGUUUCAAAUUCAAUCUGGCGUCAUUAAUUCCGCUUAUGUUCGGUUUCCUGUUAAUCGUGACCAAGAAGGCCCUCUUAUUGACGAAGAUGGCGUUAUUUCUGAUCGGUCUUUUAGGAUGGAAUACGCUCUUUUCCGGGGCACCUGCUGUACCUCCUUAUUCGGCAAACGCGUUUAAUGGCUUCCACGCUUACGGACACGACACACCGGCUGGUGUACAUACCCAUUACGAUUACCAUUACCCGCAGCGACCUUAUAGACCCUUGCAAGACUACAGUCCUUAUGAUCAGCAUGUUAUUAGGGAAGUUGUCAAUGUUUAUGACGGAAAUAGCGAUUCGGGACAAAGUAAACAAAAUAAGAGGAAUUUUGUUUUUGACUCAAAAUAGUUAAUUGGUCGUAAACUUUGAAAUAUAUUAAUGAGAAAUUUAGAUUAAUUA